CUCCAUUUCCAAUAGAUUUGGAGAUCCCAAAUAUUAAUACACGCAUUAUCUGAUUCUCUCUCAAUAUUUAUCAACUCCAAUAAGAGAAGCCCAACAGGAACGUAACAAUGGUGUCCGAUAGCACAAAGAUCACUUCAAAACCUUCUUCAUUGCGCUGGAAAAUCAUACGCCAGGCCCUUCUUCCCCGUCCGUCAUCUGAUUCUGAAAAUCAGUCCGAAAUCGGUUUGAAUCAGAUAUCUAGAAAAACGAGAAUUGGGUUUAAUUUGAUACCGUGCUGUAGAAUGAAUAAUGACGAUCUACUUGAAGAAAAUUCAGAUUCUGUGUCCAAUAGCUUCAGAGAUGCUUGUUACUGUUACAUAUUACCUGUUUCUAAUGCUCCCAAGCUUUUUAUACACAAAAGAGUGGAAGAUUGCGUGGAUCUCAAGGAUUUUGAAACCUGUAACAGAUAUGGCAUUGACAACACGGGGCUUGUUUUUCUUCCACAAAAGACAUGCUGCAGGGGCCUUCUUCAAUUCUUCCUGUCUUCCUCGUCUGCUGCCUUCUUGAACAAUUUUUCAUGUCUUCUUCAGUUGCCGCCUUCAGUUCUUUUCCCAAAAGACACGCCACAAGGGCCUCCACACGCGUCAACAAUGUGUCGGAGACUUACAGGUGUCCGAUACGUGUCGGACACCACUACGCCAGCAUUGGCAGCGUGUCAGUGGCCAUCAGAGGAUGUCCUUGCCUAUUAUUGCUUGUCGCAUGUUGAUAUGUUCAGGAGCAAAAGAGUAAUCGAACUUGGGUCAGGCUAUGGCUUAGCCGGCUUAGUUAUUGGAAUGGUCUCAGAUGCAUUAGAAGUAGUGAUUUCAGAUGGUAAUCCUCAAGUUGUGGAUUACAUCCAGCGUAACAUAGAUGCCAACUCAGUUGCAUUUUGUGGUACAAAGGUAACAUCAAUGAUGCUGCAUUGGGAAGUCUCAAGUGUAUCCAGUACCUAUGACAUUGUCAUUGCAAGUGACUGCACUUUCUUCAAAGAAUUCCACAAAGGCCUUGUGCAAACUAUCCGAUGCUUACUUAAAGAAGAAGGCCCGUCUGAAGCCAUAAUUUUUAGCCCCAAAAGAGGUGAUUCGUUGGAUAAGUUUCUGGUAGAAGUUAAGGAUAGCGGGUUGAACUUCAGCAUAACUGAAAUGUAUGAAAACGAAAUUUGGAGGCGUCAUCAAAGAUUCAUUAACGGGGAUAACUCCUGGCCCAACUAUGACAAGGAUCACUGCUACCCUUUAUUCAUCAGAAUUACACGGUGAACUUUUUUCCAUAUGUUGCCUGAAUUUUCCAAUUUGUUUCUUUCUCACUUCAUUUCUAUAGCAUGGUUUUUUAAUCUCUCACUCUUUAUGGAGUAAAAGCAUAAACUAUAGAAGAUCCGGAAUAAUAAAUAAUUGGUUGGCGGAGAAUUUGCUAUGCAUUUUCUUUAGUUUUUUA